AUGACCGAAGCAGAUUUUCGUAACAUGACUCACGCACGUGCUGCUGUGGUGGGUGCGCAGGCUUGCAAGAAUCUGGCGAGGGCAGUAGCUACUUUGGCACAAGUGCGCAAGGUCAAGAGACAAGUUGUGGCACAGGCGACCAAGACAAGCAAACAGUUGAAACUUGCGCAGGAUUCGCAGUCGCAGCAAUCACCGCUUGAGCUGGUAGUGUCUAAAUCGGGCAAGCGAUUGACAUCUGAGUCAAUCCUUGCACUUGGUAUACGCCGCAAUCUGACUCAUAUUGCAGCAGCAGAUGUCGGGGCGAUGCUUUUGAGGGACAUGAGUGAAUCCACAGUUCUGCGAGCGGAAGUGAGAACAGGCGCAUCAGUCAAUGCUUGCAUGAAAGAGUUUGCGAACAAUGCUUUAGCUGAGCUGAGAGCACCAGCUGCAGACGGUGACGGUGGCCAUGACCAUGCAGAUCGGGAUGAUGCGCAUGUAUCUGACGUUGACCUUGCUGACAUAUCUUAUGGCGGCAAAUGGAAUCUUGUUUUCAUCAGCGUGCGAGCUGACGCAACAAACAGCAAUAUCUGGAGACGUGAGAAGCUUCACGUUUGUGAAGCUCAGAUGGGCUUAGUUUGCAAACCUGUGAAAUCAUAUCCUCUUCAUGCUGAAGACUUUCUCCACACCAAGCGCUGCCUGCGUCAGCCUCAGCACCGGUCAGACCUCCAGGUUGUGUCUGGAAGUACAGCCGAGCAUUGCGCUGGGAUCAUGCAAAAGCAGUUGAACUCGAUUGGCGUGCCAUCGGUUGCUGAUCUUCUAGCGGAUAUGGACACGGAGAACUCAUGCCUCAAAGGCAGGUCCGUGAUUGCCUACUUGGACACCACUGACAGAGGAACUGACCAGACGGCACGCAAGAAGCGGACUGCGUGCAGCGUGGGGUCAGUCGACAACCUGGUGUACAUUGCGUCCGAUUGUUACCUACACGUUUUCCACUCGGCGGUCCGCAGCGGCUUGGUGUUGACAGACUCACUCAUUAGUGAAUGUUUCAGCAAGGAGGUGCUGGGUGGCUUCGACAAGUACUACGCGAGCCUAGCCAAGCUUGUGAAUGUCUGGAGGGAAAAAGCAAGUCAGGUGAUGAAAGCGUGGGAUGAUCAUCACGGCUCCAAAGACGCUGAUACGCGAGCUCUUGGAUCACGGUAUCCGCUGAGUGUAUCCAGCGGGCGUUGGGGAUCGGUGGAAAAUGCUGAGGAAUUUUUGAUCGAGAGAGGGCGUCCAUUGCUUGAACCUUGCAUUCUUCAAGCGCUAUCCAGCGCCAUGAAAGCUGAUGUUGGUGCACUCGCUGCUGAUGCUCCUGCCGAUGCCAGUGACCGUGACGGUCCGUCACGGUGUAGGUUUUGUUUUCUUUGGGUCUGUUCAAUGGAGCGAGAAGUUGUCUUAGAAACAAUGCAGAGUGUGAACAGUGAUGUGAUGAUGACUCUAGUAUAUCAAGGUGGCCAAGGUGGCGAGGAUGCGGCAGACCAUGCCAUCGUGUUGGACGAUGUGAAAGAGCAUGAAACGGAUGCCUACAGGCUGAAGCUUUCCAAAUGGAGCCAGAGCGCAAUGAACACUAUAACUUCUCCGAUUUUCUGGUGCUUGCUCUAUUUGUGUCGUGCGCUGCGGAGUCCUUUGCGGCAUUUCAUGUUGUUCGUCCAGAAGGGCGCAAAGCUUGGCGAUUGCAUGUUCCGGCUUGUCACCAUGAAGCUAGACGAGUUCACUGCAGAGUUCAGUGCAUUGUUUCAGAAGCUACCAGAAAUUGUUGACAAGGCGCUGCAGUUAUCAGGCUGUUUCCACGAAACAAAGGGACUUUCACACGCAGACAUUGUCCGCAUGAGGUAUCUUGCGUUGAGAUUGUUGCUGUUGCACUGGGCAGCGUUUCGUCGUCGCAUCAUCAGACCUUUGCGGCAAUACCCCAUGAAGCUUUUCUGGUUGAUCAAGAGCCAUCCCAAAAGGUUUUGCAAACGCAGGCAGCAGGUGGCUGAGGAGUUGAUUGGGCUCGAUGCACAUCAGCUUGAUUCAGCUACACGCAAGAUCCGAGAGCUUUGUUGUCGUGAGUUGCAGCAUUUGCGGAUCACUGGCGUGUUUCCCGACGUGAGUUCGCCAUCUGGAAGCUUUCUGUACGCAUUCUUGAAGGGUCUUGCACGCAUGCUACCUGCUGACACACAAGCAAUCGAGGGCAUAAACAGCUUGAUCAAGUUGAUGGGUCGGCGUGCGCCGAACAUCAGUCUGGAAUUGAUGUCGUCUAGGCUUGCCAUCCGGCGUGCUUUGAGUGAAGAUCACAGUAUGGCAAGGAAGAAAAAAUGGUCGGCUAUCAAGAACACGGCGGAAGGGCUAAUGAAAUCAAUUGUUGGCUUCAAGACGGCGUCGCUCGCCAUCCUAUCGAAUGAUGGCAGAUGGUCUAUGCCUCUGCCUGCAAACUGCGGUAGUGGCGUGUUACCGGCAGUGCUUGCAAUCACGGACCGCGAAGCAGUGCUUUCUGUGAGGGGGCCAGAAGAUCAAACAGGGUCAUCAGCAGCUUCAUCAGCAGAAGCUGGACGGGGCCAGCCGGGAAACUCAUUGCUUGUAGCAGACCUUGCCAAAGCAAAAUCAAGCAGUGGCAUCUCAUGGGCGAAGUCAUACAACCUGGCGUGGCGUCGAGCAACUACAUCAUCCACAAAGAAGAACAAACAACAGGAUGCUGGUCACAGAGUGGGUUCAGGUUUGCUGAUUGCAGUCGUCGAGACCGACGGCGAGGGCAACGAUGGGCUAGUGCAGCAGCAGCAGCCACCAUUGUUCUUCGCAGUGGCAGAGAAGUUUUCGGUAAGCGUGAUGUUCUCGAAGAUUCACUGUGUGCAGAUCAAUGGUCAUCCGUGUCUUCAGUGGGUUUAUGAAGAGAACAAUUGCGUUGAAUCCACUUUGUUCUUCUUGAGUUUCUACGGUGCCUGCUCUGGUCGAGGCUUGCGCUUGCGAGUGGGUUACGUAGUGUUGUCGCCAGACAUGUCUCACCUCCUGCUGCCUGGCUGGAGAACAGAUGCAGAGGGCGAGGGUGAGAUAAGAGUGGCUUCGGUCCUACAAUUGGUGAACCAUGUGUUUGUCAUGACUGCUGAGUCUCACCCGUCUGCGGCCAAGUCGGGGAAACCACAAUCUGGUCGCAAGAGGAAGGAUGCGCCUGAAGCGGAUGCAAACGAAGCCGACGUGGAUCCACCGAAUGUUGCGGAUUACAUUGAUGAUAAUGAUAACUUCCUCGACGAUGUCGAGGUAGCCACUGAUGCUGAGGACUCGGAUGAUGACAACACAGCACAACACGAGAUGCAGGAAAUCAAUGAAGCCAGCGCGGCUGCUGCCACGGAUCCAGCUCGCCUGCCAUCGUCGAAGAAUGUGUUUGCAGUGGCUGAGGAUAUACAUCGCAAUGCCGAGCUGAUUCCAGACGCGGCUGUCGAAGAAGAAGCGUUGUUGCUUCUGGUUCGUAGGGCUCGCUCUCAGAAAGCCAAAAACAUGGGCGUUGGUUGCAGAUCUACAGGAUCUACAGGACACGUACUUCCGGGCGAAGACAGCACUCAGCCUCAGCCUCACAUGGGCUCACAGCUUCCAGAAGAGUCCGGUGAAGUCAUGGGUGAAGCAAGCUUGGCGAGUCAGCGUGAGCCAGUCGACACAGAAGGUGUUUUGGGGGAUGCACGCAGCGGUGCUGAUGCCUCUGCGUCGGAUAAUGAGUCUGACAUUGAGGCAGAGCUCCCACAUGACAUCGCUGCUUUGCUCAGAUCGAAGGCAAUGGUAGAUCUUCAGCGUGACGGGCAUGUCCUGAAACGAUGGGUGAUGGCAUGUCAUCUGAUGCUUGAGGCAAUGCAUGAGUAUGCGAAGACCAAGGACGUGCUGUUGGGGACAGAUCGCAGCAUCAGUUUGGUGCAUGGCUUGAUUGGUCGACAAGGACGUGAAGUGAGAUUAGAUGACAACGGUAAAGUUUUGUUCUCUGUGGCAGACUGCACGAUGUAUCGCACUGGCAUAAGCAACGGCAUCGGCUAUCCGGAGCUUUGUUUGGACGAUCGCCAUGCUCAUGUUCUGCUACCGUCUGUUCGAGCAGCAAUGCGUAAAGUCAAGCGAACCGACCCCGAUCGAGAUGCAGUGUCACCGCACUUCCUGCGGCUCCGAGACUUUUGCGAGUACAUGCUGACUUCAGUUUCACAAAGCACGAAUCCAACCACGGACGAUGAGAUCCCAGACGAGGACCGGUGA